UUUCUUUGAAAUAUGUUGGCAAUUCUGACAAUUUGACAGACAUUUUGCCAUGAUUUGUAAACAACAUUGUUUGUUUGGUAACGAAGAUAAUUCAAAAUUGAGUCAUGCGUUUGAGAUUAGUCCCUUGAAAGAUAUUUCUUCAUUUAUUUAUAUUAAGAGAAAUCAACUAGCAUCAAUAAUACUAUUUUUGUUGAAAUUAAAUGGUCGUCAUGUGAAUUGUACUUUGUAACAUUUAUUAGAAAAUUACCAACAAUCACAAUAAUAAAUCAAUGAACGUUUUCUAUUAUUUAAAGGAUUUCUGUUUAAAAUGGCUACAUUAAAAGGUGUUUUUCCUAACCUACCAACAAGCAGAAAGAAAAAUUUUAUACAAGAAAAUGUGAAAAAUUUACGACGAAUGGAGCAGUGUUUUCAUUCCAAUAAAGAAACCGAUGAAUUAGACAAAUUUCAGAUAAACAGACAUAGAAAAAAAAUAAAUAAAUAUUCCAACAUCAGUGCUAAAGUGAAUACCAGUUUCCAUGGAAAUUUACAAAACAAUCAUAUGGAAAAUCUAAUGGCUAAUAAAGAAACAGAAAUUAUGGAGAAAGAGCCCAUCCGAAAGAUUAGUACUCCUAUACUUAAUAAAAAGAAUUCUGUGCCUACAAAAAAACCACUUAACUCGUUAACAAAUAAAUUGGCAAACAAGCAAACGAAAAAGGAAAGUUUAAAUACUAAAAAUGUCCAAAGACCUAAAAUAAAAGUUAUGUCUGAUCCAAAUUUUAUCCAGAAGUCUCAAGAUGAUGAAAAUACCUCUCCUUUGCCUGCAAAUACCAAAUACAAACAUAAAGGUAUUCAAACGUUAGAAGAAAACCAGAUUAAUCAGCUUUAUAUGGAAGGUGUUAUCAGAUAUCCUACUAAGAGAAAUAUCGAGAACAACGAGGAAAAGAAUAAAAAUGAAUCUGAUCAAUUAUUGAAUAGUCCAUCAGAAUUAGAAAACGUACAUGCAUUUACCAAUACAGAAUUAAACGAUUCAAAAACUACAGAGAUCAAUCAAAAAUCUGAUUUAGUAAAGUCAUGUAAAAAUCGUAAUACUGUUGCUGGUAAAAUAGCUGUACAAUUGAAUAAUGGUGUAGUUCCUACAAAUUAUCGCAAGGGAGUUGUCCCCAAAUAUAUUAGGGAUAGAAAAGAAGCUCUACAAAAAGAAGAAGAAGCUAAAGCAGCUGCAUUCUACCCUGAGUGUCCAGAAGGUCAUGUCCCCUUACCGGACCACGAGCGUCAGGAAACACUGCGAAUGCUGAAAAAAAAUUAUCAAGAUUAUGUUAACGAAUUAAAUAUGAUGCCGAUAAAAACAGAUACACUCAGAGCGCAAAGAAGAAAAAUGGAAAUUGAAAAACAGUUGAAUAAGUUAGAGGAAGGUAUUAAAGUAUUUUCAAGGCCUAAAGUUUAUGUGAAAAUAAAUGCUUAAACGUUAGAUUCGUAGCAAAUAUACAAAAAAAAAAA